AUGAAAGCCUUAACUAUGUUCAGGGCGAGUGCCAGGGAUAAGAACUUGGUAGAACAGGAAGCCACCUACUAUGGAAGGUUUAGAAGGAAUAUCAAGGAAGAGGAUGAGCCAUUUAUACAUGCAUCUCAGGCGGCUCAAGUCUUCUAUUGCAAGGAUCCGACAAGAGAUGACUGGCAUGUUGUAUUAGAUGUUCCGAAGCGACUAACAAAAGAUGCAUAUGCAUUUGAGGAUCCGCUAGUGUUUGAGGCCAGGUUGACUGCAGGAAUUAUGUCGUAUGUAGGGCCUUCUAGUUUUGCCCCAAGAAGCACCACAAAGAUAAAAGUUUCAAUUAGUCCAGUUGGAGAGAUUACUGGAGAUAACAAAAAUCAAUUCACCUCAUUUCUAGGAAAUGUGGUCAGGACUCAUUGUCCAAUUGCAUAUAAAGACUGGCGGCUUGUGCCAAAUACCAUCAAGGAUAAUGUUUGGUCAACUGUUUUGGCCAAAUAUGAUGUUGACGACAGUGACAGCUGUAAAACUGCCAUAAUUAAGCGUGCUAAUGAUAUGUGGAAGGACUGGAAGAACCGAUUACGAGGAACUGUCCUGGAUAUGUAUGAUAAUGAUGGAGACAGGAAAAAAAAUUGCCCUAAUGGCGUAAAGCUAGAAGAUUGGGUCAAAUUCGUUGAUUACGAAUCUACAGAAGAGGCAAAGUCUCGUCGUGGAAAGGGAAAGGAAUCCAGAAGCGAAAUGAAGUUCCCUCACACGACUGGGCGACGGGGAUCUGCUAGGACGGCAGAGUUGAUUCAACAAAAAAAUCCAGAUACUCAAAUCACGAGAACUGAAUUGUUUCUGGCAACUCAUACUAGAUCCGAUGGGUCUCUCCCUUCACAGGAGCUGAGCAUCACAACGGAAAAAAUAAAAGACAUAGUUGCCAAUGACCCGGCUUGUAUACAUAAUGAUUUAAAUCACGACCCGGUUGCACAGGUUUGUGGUCUUGAUAAAAGAGGACGUGUAAGGGGGUUGGGUCAUAUUGCAAAAACUACCAUUAUUGCUUCAACCCCUUACAUUAAUGAAAUUAGAGAAGGAAAGGGUGAAAUUGCUGAGGUUAAAGCAUCGAUAAUUGUAUUAAAAGAGCAAAUGGAAAACAAGAUCAACGAGUGCAAGGACAUGAUAUUGACCAUUGGAGAACGUUUGCUUGAAGUUCAGAAUCAAAUAAAUACUCCAGUUCAACCAAUGCAAUGCUCUCCAGGCACUGCUGGUUCUCAGGCAUUUUUUCGAUCUGGCGAUACCUCAAGUCAUCGUGAUGAGUCAGCUCCACCUCCACCUCCACUUCUACGGGUGGAACAAAUCUGUCAUUUGACAGAUAUUUGUAGUCGAGUUGUUGCACGUGGGCGUCUGAUUAGAGAUAAUGCAGGCAUCCCUCCAGAUUGCAUCAAAGUUAUAUUGGAUGUUAUUGAAGUUCCCAGUGCGAAUGUGUUUGGUGACAUUGAGAAGAUGUUAGCCGAUUGUGACGUGGGUGAUGUUCUCGUUUGGCCUCGAGUGCUGACGAAAACAUAG